AUGAAGCCUGUCUUUGAGGAGAAGAAUGAGGUACUUUCUGUUAAGGAGGAUAUUUACUAUUAUUACAAGAAUAGUAGCAUUCAAGCCUGCUUUAAUCUUAGUAAAGCUAUUCUUAGAAUCAAAGUACUAGCAAGUGUAUUUAAGGACCCUAACUUUAUACAAGUCUGCUUUGCAACUGUUGAUAUAAUUUGUUGGUCAAAUCUUAUCAAGUAUACUUGUAGCAUUGAAGGAAGCAACAGUGUUACUGUUGUGAUGAAGGCCGAAAAUCUCUCUUUAACUGAUACUGUAGACUAUAUCUCCAAGUUAUAUGAAGGAUUUUCCGACACCAUAUUGGAAUGCAAAGGCAAGAUUAAAUCCUUCAGGACAAGAGAGAAUGAGGAUAUCCGGGUGUACAUAUAUGCGAUGGAACAAUGGGACUACAGAAAUUUGGUCUGGAGCUUCAAUAUGCAGGGGUAUUUCGGCCCGGAACACGAAGAGGUCAAACACACAAGGGUUGUGAAGCUGAAGGAGUACAAGUCUGUUGUAUAA